AUGUCGAAUACUUCCCAGCUUUUCAACAACUCAUCGAAAAAAACUGUGCUCAUUGAAACUUAUAUGGGCACACCGUUUCUUUCGAAACUCACUACAAGCGACAUAGUUGAUAUUAUUGACGACAAAUUAAAAAACUUCAGUAUUUUAUGGGCCCAUACAAAUGAUGAGUUUAAGAACUAUCUUGAAACUAAGUUUGAGCAAUCCUCGUGGCUUAAAUCUUUCCGAGUAGGAAACUCUGAACAAGAAUUUGGAUUGUUUCUUCCUAUUAAUUACAAGAGUCAUUGGUCUCUUGUUUUUUUCUUUUGCCGUCCAUCUGAUAACUGUUUUCAAGUGUUCGUCCAUGAUUCGCUUUACAAAUCAAAAGAUGAAUUUUUUGAAAACUCAUCACAAAAAAGUGACUUUUUUGAUUUAAACAUCUUCUUGUCAAAUGUCGAUAUACUUCGAAACAAGAUAUUUAAGAAUAAUUUAAAUAAUACGGAAACUUCUGUUAUGUCACAGCGGUUUUCUUUUGAAGAUUUGAAGUUUGUACCUCUGCAUUUACAGAAGGACGAUCAAAGUUCUGGAAUUCAAAUGGCAUUGAAUGCAAAAUGCAUAUGUACGGCUUAUCUAUCACCUUCUGGUGUCUUAAAUUGGCUUGAAACUGGACCUUCUGUACAACAGCUUUAUGGUGAAGAUUUACGUCAGUUUCGUCAUAAGAUUGUAACUGAGAUAAAUUUGGACGAUUUUCCUGUUAAACCGUCUGGGAAAAAAAUAAAAAAGAGCUCUACUGCUGUUGACUAUUCGGAAAACUUGAUUUUAUCCGAUGAAUUCACCCAAGAAUUUUUGAGCACUUAUAACGAAGCUACUGCUGCUCUUUUUGUUGAACGAAAUGUUCUUUUAUUUUAUGAUCAACUAAACCAUCAAAAAAUAGGAUCAAAAAAAAGAGAUGUCUAUGACAAUAUUCAGGUACUGCCUGAUGAUUUUGAAUGCCAAUAUUGGCCAGAUCGAUUCAAGUUUCAAUCAUUGUUAAUUAACUUUGAUUUCUUCUUGCUCUAUCCUAAUCUUUUCAAGCUUUAUCAACAAGGUAGACACGAAGAAAUAGCCAUGUGGAAGAAAAUCGUGAUUAAACAUCUUCAUAUUCCGUCCCAUCUACUGACUUUUGACUUUGUUCAAAACCACGAUAGAAUUUCAUAUCUCAAUAUGUAUGAUCAUUGUAUGGGUUUAAUGUCAGAUGAACUUUUCCAUUCACAAUUUUCAGAAACUGCUGAUGAUACACAAAACUUUGAUCCUAUGCUUAUUAAACAACUACUGUUCUCGCUUCCCAGAGGAUUUUCUGAAUGGAGAAUUGCUAGUGAAGGAAUGCGCUAUCGAAGGCAAAUCAAAAUCACAUGCCUAUCUCGUUCAAUGACUAAUAGCAUAUUGACUGUGACCAAUGUGUUGGAAAAAGUUACCAGGGGUAAGCCAGACACUUUAAUCAUUCCACCAGGAGAAAUUUUGUCAGAAUUGAAAAAGAUUUCUCAACAAGGACUAGUGAAAGAUCCCGCUGAUGCAUGGAAUAAUCGUAUUUCUUCAUAUCUCAACCAAAAGUUUUAUUAUGUUCCUAAAGAGAUUGUACGCCAUGUUUAUUUGAACAGGAGUAAAAUUUAUGAGGAUAGCGAUACAUUAUAG